AGAGAAGAAAAGAGAAGAAAAGAAAAGAGAAGAGAAGAGAAGAGAAGAGAAGAGAAGAGAAGAGAAGAGAAGAGAAGAGAAGAGAAGAGAAGAGAAGAGAAGAGAAGAAAAGAAAAGAAAAGAAAAGAAAAGAAAAGAAAAGAAAAGAAAAGAAAAGAAAAGAAAAGAAAAGAAAAGAAAAGAAAAGAAAAGAAAAGAAAAGAAAAGAAAAGAAAAGAAAAGAAAAGAAAAGAAAAGAAAAGAAAAGAAAAGAAAAGAAAAGAAGCCCUGUGCGUUAUUUGCAGGUAAACCACACAUUUCACUCUGCUCUUCGAUCGUGUUGCUUGAAGCAAUCUGUUGAGUCAUGAAGCCAAAAGGACCGCUAUGUUCCCCUGUGAUGUCAAAAAGGAACACAAGGACCUACAGCUGAACCCUAAGCUGAUGUCAACUGGCAGAAGUGGGUGACUGCACUGCUGGGAAGCUGAUUUACACAUGCUGGGGAUUUGGCCCCAAAGAAGCAGCAUGAAGGAAGCAGAGCGUUUUGCAUUGCACAACAAGAGAUGGUGAGGAGCCCGCAUACUCAGGAGCAUCAUUAUGGUUGAGACUGCUGUUGGUUUUCUUAAAGCUGCUUUUUCUUUUUAGUAUUGUGUGUUUCCUACCUGUGGCCUUUCCCAGGCUUGCUGGGAGCAGAGCUUUGCUGUUGCAGAAUUCGAAGCUGGUAACCGCUUCUGACUGCUGCUUACAUAUAUUUUUCAGAAAAUUGUACCAUAAAAAUCAUGCCACAAAUUAACCCAGUUCUACAAACUAGUUCCAUGUGGAUUGGUCAGUGGAAUCAUGCAAGAACACUGCUUUUGAAAACAAAAUGUUCUUAGCUGGAAAAGGCCUUCUGUUUUGUUCUGUGGGUUUCAGACCUGGCAAUAACUGACUUUGCCCUGCCUUGUCCUUCCUCCUGGUUUUAUGGGAUGUCUACAGUCAAUCUGACCUGUGAAAGUGGGCUGGGCACCACACCCAUGGAAGCAAUAACCUGCUGCUGUCAUCAGCAAAGCAAUGGCUCUGCAGCCCAGCAGUCUCAGUACUUCCCCUGGGCUGCUGCACAUGACAAAGCCUGUGCUGCCUGGCUUGCAGACAGCGUGAAUCAAGUUAAUUCCCUCAGGAAGUUCAAACGUGCCGCAGCCACACGUGCUGCCCCACGUCUCUGCUGCCAUCGGCUUACGCUGUUUGAUUAAAGCAGAGUGUGCAAAACAGGUGUUGGCUCUUCUGACGCAGGCUGGAAAAUGUCGCUGUUGCUUAAGUCAGAUGCAAGUUAUUUUACAAGCUGUAAGACAGUGGAAUAUGAACAAUUGAACUCUCCUGCUUUUCGUGGCCUGUCCUUUCUCAGUUUCUGGUGUCCACGGUAAUUCUCUUCAGUGUAGUUGCAAGUGUGAGCUGCUCUGGCUCCCAUGUGCAGCAGCACAUGGAGUUUAAAGCCUUCCCAAUGCAAAAGUAGCAGUAUUUUGUGGUGUGCUGGCAGUAUGUUUGUUUAUCUGUUUUAGAAGAACCUCUAACCACAACAGAUUUUUCCAUUUUCUAGGAGAAGCACUGUAGGCCAAGAGUGGAAGAAUGAGAACUGGGAGAAAAUAUACUAAGGUCUCCCUAGGUCUGUAGAGCAGGAAAGCCAAAUUGUUUGUCAGUAUGAAAAUAACUAUAUAGGAUCAGAAGAAAAGUUCAUCCACUCACAUGUGCUGUCCCUGGCGUGCACUUAGACCAGAAUAAGCACAUCCUCCUAGAGCCUCCUCUGGUAUAGAACAUCCUGGCUGCCAGUCAGGCUCAAAGCCUUGCUAUGCUGGAUGCUGUUGCCUCUCAGUCUUCAGUGACCUUUUUAAGGACUUUCCCUCACUGGCUUUUCCUAAAUGCUUUUUGAACCUCUUCAUAUUUCUGUUACAUGAAGCAUCUCAUGGUGGUGAGUUUCACCAUUUCACAUUAUGAGGACAGAAUGAGGGCUUGUCAUUUUUCAGCCUGCUGCAGGAGCAUGGAAGCACAGAAAGCACAGGAAAACAGCAGCCCCACUGGCUUCUGUCAGCACCCAGCUGCAAUGGAAAAAUCACAGAUGCCAGGUGGAGCGGGAUUUGUCUGUGCCAUGGAGCACCAACAUCUAGUAGUAAGCAAAUGUUCCUACUAACCUCCAUAUGGGUUAGAGGGGUACAGAGGGCCGGUGCCAGGUCCUGGUCUAAGCUAGCUGAGUCCCUAACUGCUAGGAUAUCAAUGCUAUUGAUCAGUUUUAUUGCAGCACUACCUAAAGGUCUUCACUUGAAUCUGAUUGGCAUUUUCAACAUGCUAUAAACAUACAGCUAAAAGACAGAUCAGCUCCCAAGCGUUUUAGCCACUGAAACACUGAGUAAGCAGGAGCAGGGCAAUUUAAGUGGGUGCCCAAGGCUGUAGAUAGCCACUAACUUUCUUUUGCCACCUCUAGAUUUGCUACAUGCCUGAGUUGAUGCUAGACGGUGCAGAUUUUAGGAGCACCAGUCAAGCCAUAACCAGAAGAAUGAGAAAGCCUGAUUGGUUUCUUGGCUUCUUACGGUGCUCUUUAGGGAGCACCCUCUGUCCCAGGACAGAGCACAAUACCGUAUCUGACACAUCCACCAAAUUCAUCUCUGUGCCUAUUAUAUGCCUGCAAAGGUGUUAGUUUAGUGAAAACUGAAACUCUAUUCCUGUCAUCACCAGCCACUCAGAAAAGCAACAGAAGUGUGUAUCUGCAUGUUAGCCAACACAAUGCUUCCCUCCGGAGGUGUUUAAAGGAGAGUGUGCCAAGCUCCCUGUCUUUGCUCUUUGCCUGCACUGAGAUGUUUGAAGUCUGAACCAUUGCCUGACAGGGAAGAAAAGUCAAAUUCUUCAUCUGCCAGCUGCAGUGUGUUUUAAAAUAGGUUGUCAGUUUCCUUAGUAGUGAUAAAAGCAUAACCCUAUUUUAUUAUUUUCAUUGAUAGAUCAGAGUACAAACAAGUCUGUAGCUUUAAAAUCUGGUGUCCUACACCAUCCCUUCAUCUGCUCAACAACUGCACAACAACUUUAUUUACUAAACAGGAUGUAGAAAACCAAGCAAUCAAGCAGAAAGCUCUAAAACAUAAUGUAAAUCUGCUUGUGUUGUGUAAAUCUGGUUGUGCUCAAUACUCUUAGCUGGGGUACAUUGUGUAAGUGAUUUCUUUGUUUUUAUGGAAGGCAAGGUAGAAGAGAAGGUAGAAGUAUAGUGCAAGGGAAGUGUAAUACUGAAACUGCAGUUUGUUUAAUUUGCUAUUGUAUUGCUUAAUAUCUCAGCAAGUAAGGUCAAGUACCUGUUUUUAAAUGUUAGUUAAGCCAUGGCCUUUAUGGAUUAAUAUUGAAGAAUACUGCUGUUCGAUAAAAUAAAGCACAAAAAUAAUGCUGAUAGUUAGUUAUUAAUAUUCUUUAUUCUUCUGCUUGGAACUCACUUUUAAAAGGUUGAAAUAACAUUGUCUGGUUGAAACAGGCCUGUGUAGCCGGUUGGAAAAGGACAGAAGUCUUGAGCUAUCAUACGAAAAUGAUGGAUCAACAUUAGCUAUGGUAUAAAUGAGAAUAUCUUAAGAAGCUUGUUGAAUUUCUUCAUAAAUGUGCUAAAUGUCUCUUAAAAAUACUGUUUUACAUUAAAUAAAUAAUGCUGAUUCCAUGAAGAUGGUAUCAAAGUUGUCUUCCAACUUUCCUGCAGAUUUAUUGGGCUGAAGGUCCAAUAACCCCCUCCCUCAAAAUGGUUUGGACCACCAUGUCUCUUCUCCACUUCUCCCUCCCCCCUGCACCCCACCAAACCUUGUGGUGAAUGUUCCAAACCCUAUGACGUGUAUGGGUGCUGAGGUCACAACUGGCCAGCUAGGCGCUAGGCACUAUCAGGUUCUCCAAGUGCUCAGUCCCUUCAGGACAGUGGGCAAGGUGCCAUCACUAUCACAGUCUCUGCCAGCUCACACAGCAACAAGAUGGCAGCGGUAGAAGAAGCUUUCCAUAAAUUUGCGGUGUAUGGUAACACAGCUGCCAGUGGCAAUGACAUGACAGGGAAAAACUUCUCCAAGAUGUGCAAAGAGUGUGGGGUGAUGGAUGGAAAAGCCGUGACCAGCACUGAUGUCGACAUUGUAUUCAACAAAGUCAAGGCCAAGGGUGCCCGCACCAUCACCUUUGCUGAGUUCCAGGAGGCCAUGAAGGAGCUCUGCAGCAAGCGCUUCAAGAACAAAUCACCAGAGGAAGCACUGCAGGCUGUCUAUGGCCUCAUUGAGGGGAAGGAGCCAGGCAGCCCAGGCACCACGAAAGCCUGCAAGUCCGAUGCAGUCGAGAGGCUGACAGACACCAGCAAAUACACUGGCAGCCACAAAGAGCGUUUUGAUGAGAGUGGCAAAGGGAAGGGACUUGCUGGCCGCCACGAUCUGACAGACAACAGUGGCUAUGUUGCAGCCUACAAGGGAGCUGGCACCUAUGACCAGACACACUAAGAUGGAAACUGCGUAAGGAACCAAGGACUUGCCCCCUAUACAUGGGAGGAGAGGCAAAUAAACAUCUCAUGCAAGCA